UCCGGCUCAGUUAGUGCGCAGGUGUGGCAUGCGCAUUGUCCCCGUUCGAUUCACUUGUAGGGGCACGGAAGGCAGUGUGAUAAGACGUUGUUGGGAAGCCGACCUUCGUGUGCAUCAUCGAGCGCCAUGGCAGAGCUAACCGCGGACUCGUGCGUUUACCCCGAAGUUGAAACAAAAAAGCUGAGCGAACUGCGGGUUAUUGACCUAAAGGCCGAGCUGAAGAAGCGGAAUUUGGAUAUCGGCGGGAACAAGAGUGCUCUUAUGGAGAGGCUUAGAAAGGCUAUUGAAGAGGAGGGAGGGAAUCCAGAUGAAAUCUGCUCAGAGACUCCAAGCAAAAAGAACCCAAAACGAAGUGGCAGAGCCCCCAGCGUACUGCGCGGCCACCCUAGGCUGCACACUAGCACUGGAGGCUCACGUUGGCGCUAUAACGGCAUCCACCCUGAUGACGUGACCGAGAAGACGCCGUGA